AAGACUUCAGACUUCACUCCACGUCUCCCUCCUUCUAUCUCUCACUUUUUCUCUCUCACUUUCUCUCUCUACAACUAUAUCACUUUCUCUCUCUAUAUAACUCUAUCUACUGCCCUUCUUCUUCUUUAAUUGUAAUACUGAUUUAUGGACAAGGGAUGGGGGCUCACCCUUGAUUCUGAUCCAAUUGGUUUCAUGAGAAACAAGUCUUCAACAGCUGAUUUUGAUCGUUUGACUCCCAGGUUUAACCUUAAUACUAUGUUUUCCGGCGUCAAGUUUCCGGUGAAUCUUAACGGUGUGCAAGAGCAAGCUGCUCCGAUGUCGUCCGAUGAGAAUCGGACGGUUGUGGACGAGGUGGACUUCUUUUCCAAUCGGAAUGAAUCCAAUGAUCACAACAACACGAGUAAUUCUAAUGUCAAGAAAGAAAAUUCACACGGACAAACUGUUCCAAGGACUGAUUUAGAUGUAAAUACUGGUUUGCACCUCUUAACUGCAAAUACGGGAAGUGAUCAAUCAAUGGUGGAUGACGAAACUUCACUUGAUACAGAAGCCAAGAAUAAUGAGUUGGCCGUAUUGCAAGUUGAGCUCGAAAAGAUGAAUGUAGAAAAUCGAAGGUUGAGAGGGAUGCUUACACAAGUCAGUGAAAAUUAUAAUGCACUACAAAUGCAUAUGAUGACACUAAUGCAACACCAGCAGCAACAAAGUUUGAGAGCUCAAACACAUGAACAUGAGAUGAUUGAUGUAAAAUCAGAAGAUAAGAAAGAUGAGGCUGGCCAAGGAGCUAUGGUACCAAGACAAUUUAUGGAUUUGGUCCCAAGUGGUACCACUGAGACAGAUGAGCCAUCUCAAUCUUCGUCUGGAGAAAGAACCAUUAUUGAUCGAUCGUCGUCGCCACAAAACAACAACAGUGAAGUUGCUUCUAAGGAAUUUAAGAAGAACAUUAAUAGAAAUGAGAGUGUCCCAUAUGAUCAGGACAAGCCCAAUUUCAGGGACAGCAAAGCAAUUGGUAGGGAAGAGAGCCCGGAAUCGGAAGGGUGGGUUCCUAACAAGGUGCCCAAAUUGAAUCCCUCUAAGCCUGCUGAUCAAGCCACUGAGGCUACAAUGAGGAAAGCUCGUGUCUCAGUUCGAGCCCGAUCAGAAGCUCCCAUGAUCACGGAUGGUUGCCAAUGGCGGAAAUAUGGACAAAAAAUGGCAAAAGGGAACCCGUGCCCUCGGGCUUACUACCGGUGCACCAUGGCAGUUGGUUGUCCAGUGCGCAAACAAGUUCAGAGAUGUGCUGAGGACAGAACAAUCCUAAUAACUACGUAUGAAGGCAACCACAACCAUCCACUGCCACCGGCAGCCAUGGCCAUGGCGUCGACCACGUCCGCGGCUGCAAGCAUGCUGCUCUCGGGGUCCAUGUCGAGUGCUGAUGGCCUAAUGAACCCGAAUUUUCUAGCCAGAGCCAUUCUGCCUUGCUCAUCUAACAUGGCCACUAUCUCAGCUUCAGCUCCAUUUCCAACUGUCACAUUAGACCUCACUCACACUCCCAACCAAUUACAACAGUUCCAAAGACCCUCUACCCAGUUCCAAGUCCCCUUCCCCGGCCAGCCUCCGAGCUUCGCCGGAGUUCCAACGCCGCCUCAAGUUUUUGGUCAGACCCUUUAUAACCAAUCCAAAUUCUCUGGCCUCCAGGUCUCCCAAGGGAUGGAGUCAGCUGCUGCUGCCCAAUUAGCCCACCAAGCCCCACCUCCACAAUUGCAACAACCACACCACCCAUCCAUGGCUGACACAGUCAGCGCCGCCACGGCCGCCAUCACCGCCGAUCCCAACUUCACGGCGGCGCUGGUGGCUGCCAUCACGUCAAUUAUGGGCGGAGCUAAUCCCAACAACAAUAGUACCAAUACCACCACCACAAACAACAACAUCAACACCACCACAAGCAACAGCAAUAAGACUAGCAGUUUUUCAGGGAAUUGAGAAGUGGUCUAAUUUCAUACAAUUCUUUUCUUACUUUAUUCCCUUUUUUUUUUUUUUUUUUUUUUGUGGGUGGGAUGAGAAAUGAGAUUACAAUUUCAUAUUUUUUGUCAUUAUUGUGGGGGUUAGCACAUAGAAUUUGAUUCUUUCUUGCUGUUUUAAUUAGAAUAAUCUGAUUCAAAGUUUCAGUAAAUACAGGAAAUGAAAACAGCCACAGUGCGUUACUUUGUUCAA